UGUGAUUGGUCCGGGCCGAGUCAAGGCGGAAGUCUACAGAGCAGGGGGAUUCCCCGAGGGAAGUUCCCAACUCAAACUGGGGCUAUGUAAAACAUACAGCGCCAUAUCCUCUCCAGCGCUUCGUAACUUUGCAUCUGAAGAUUAGGGCGACGAUGCUGCGGUGGUGUCAAAACAACAAAUACGACUUAAAUAAUAGGGGACUCAAGUGAAGGGCUCAUGCCUGCCGUGACAGUGAUGACAAGGCAUGGACAGGAAUAUUGGAGACCAGCUAAACAAAGCUUUUGAAGCUUAUCGCCAGGUCUCCAUCGAAAAGGACAAUGCUCAAAAGGAGUUGCAAAAAAUGAAGGAACAUUAUGAGCGGUACACUCAAGAACUUAUAAAGCAGAUAGAAGACCAGCAGCGUUUGAUUUCUGAUCUUGAAACUGAGUUGUCAGCAACAAGGCAACCCUCAGGAGAGAUGAAAUGUGAGCCUCGCAACCAUCUUCUCAAACCAGCUGCCUCUAGUAGGAAGACACAGUACCGGGGGAAUGUGGCCACUGUUGCUGGUGCUUCAAAUUUGACAGUCAACAGCAGCUCCGACUAUCAGGACAUGUUGGCGGCAUUUGAAGCAAUUCAGGGCAAAUUCCGACAGAUCCAGACACUGACUACAAAGCAGAAACACCAUCUGAAAAGGUUCCACGGAAGUUACGACAACUCAAACGACCAGCGCUUCUCCAUGCCGAUCCAGUGCACGGACGGAACCGUAGAAGCAGAGAAGCCCUUUCCUACGCCUCUGAGGCUAACUGCGGACGUCCCCCGCCUGCCUGCACCCUUGGCGUCUCGUGGCACCAGUCGGGAGGACAGAGACUUGGUAGACUCUCUCGCCAAACUCAGUGUCAAAUUCCCGCCCCCCACGGACAGUGAAUACGACUUCCUGAACAGUGCCCCGGAGAGGAACAUCGGCCUGCCGGUGGCUCGAAAGCCGCCCCUCGGCUCCCCCACUCUGCCAGAGGAGGAGCCCGUGGAACUGCCCUUGCCUUUUGUCUAUCCCACGUCCCCCUCCCACUCGCCAUCCUCCUCACCCUCCCAUGAGAGCGUGCGGGGACCCGAGCAGCCCCUGUGGACCCCCGAGCUGUGUGACGCCGUUGACAUGGGAGCCAACCAGGAGCCUCUGAGCAGCUGUCCCGUUGAAUGCGCAUUCUGUCCCGAUUUAGUUCCCCAGAACCUCAUGACAAGCCAUCUCUACUUGCACUUCUUGCCAAAGAAGGAAGCAGAGAAUUGACAGCAGACUGACAGGCAAAGGUCCGAACUUACUUCAAGAACUUUUUUUACUGUUUUUAUGGUCUUUGCAGGCGCGAUCCUGCUUGCCAUGAACUCCAAAGCGCUGUACAGGAUUUGAAAAUUACACUGCUAUAAGACUUGAAUUCAUUUAUUUAAUACUGAAGAAUUUAAUGGUACACUUUCUUGUCCAUACUGAUUUUCUAAUAUCACACUGAGAAUUUACAGUGAUGCAUAUGGUAUAUAUGAGCAAAUAAACGAUAUAUUUACUCUUGA